UGAUCUCAGUAUGUCAUUUCUUUCUUUGUAGGUUAAACAUUUUUAAGCUACCUCCUACCUACUGCAGACAUUGACAUCAUGUAUAACCAUACCAUGACUGAAUUCAUUCUUUUUGGAUUGACUCAGGAUCCAGAACAACAGAAGGCAAUAUUUGGAGUCUUCUUGAUUCUUUACCUUAUGACUUUAAUGGGGAACUUUCUCAUCAUGGUGACCAUUAAGAUGAGUCAGACACUUGGGAGUCCCAUGUACUUUUUCCUCUUCUAUUUGUCCUUCGCUGAUGCUUGCUUCUCUACAACUACAGCACCUAGAUUGAUUGUGGAUGCCCUAUUGCAGAAAAAAAUCAUUACCUAUAAUGAAUGUAUGACUCAGGUCUUUGCAGUUCACUUCUUUGGGUGCAUGGAGAUCUUCGUGCUUAUCCUCAUGGCCUUUGACCGCUAUGUAGCAAUCUGUAAGCCUCUAAGAUAUACAACUAUAAUGAGCCAACGUAUCUGUAGUGUAUUAGUGAUUAUUGCCUGGAUAGGGUCGUGUAUUCACUCUUCAGCACAGAUUUUCUUAGCCUUAAGACUACCAUUCUGUGGCCCAAAUGUGAUUGAUCACUAUUUCUGUGAUUUGCAGCCCUUACUGAAACUUGCCUGCAUGGAUACCUAUGUGAUAAAUUUGCUAGUUGUAUCUAAUAGUGGUGCAAUAUGUACGGUAAGUUUCAUAGUACUGCUUAUCUCCUAUAUUGUAAUCUUAUACUCUCUGAGAAACCACAGUGCAGAAGGAAGACGAAAGGCCUUGUCUACAUGCACUUCUCAUAUCAUUGUGGUGAUCUUAUUUUUUGGUCCUUGUAUAUUUAUAUACACACGGCCACCAACCACUUUUCCAAUAGACAAAAUGGUAUCUUUGUUUUAUACAAUUGGGACACCUGUGCUCAACCCUCUUAUCUAUACUCUGAGGAAUGCAGAAGUAAAACAUGCAAUGAAAAAGUUAUGGGGUAAUAAAGUAUGACUUUACUUGAUAAAGAAUAUAUGAAGCUUCUAGUUAUAGCUACUAAGAAGUUAAUUUUGAUACAUGAAUUAAAAAAUAAAGUGUUUC